UAAAUGAUCUCAAUAAAGUCAAAAAACUAAAGAGUCUCAUAUCUAUUUAUCAUUUUAUAUUAAUUUAUUAAUUUAUUUUUAGAUGGAUGGAUCUGAAUGGUCAUUUGAUAAUUUAAAUAGCAUAUGUUGGGCAAUAGGAUCGAUAUCUGGAUGUUUGCCAGAAUAAGAUGAGAAAUAAUUUUUAAUUCAUACAAUUAAAAAUUUGCUUUCCCUUUGUGAAGUCAAGAAAGGUAAAGAAAAUAAAGCUGUUGUUGCUGCCAAUAUCAUGUAUGUUGUAGGACAAUACCCAAAAUUCUUGAGAACUAAUUGGAAUUUCUUGAAAACAGUAAUUAAGAAGCUUUUUGAGUUCAUGAAGGAAACCUUCCCAGGUGUACAAGAGAUGGCAUGCAACACAUUUUUAACAAUCAGUUAAAAGUGUGGCAAAGAGUUCGUCAUAAGACAAUAAAUGUAUUCUUAUCUCUAUCAAAUUAUAGUCAAUCUGAUUAAUUGGAGAGAGAACCCUACAUCUGCGAACUCAUUAGAAACAUUAGAGAUUAGAUUGCAAUAUUAUAAGAUCAAUACAAGUUGGUGUAUUAUGAAAGUUUAAGUCACAUGAUCAAAUUCGAAGAAGACUUAAAUAUCAGAAUUCAAUUAGUCAACAGUUUAGUCAAACAUCUAAAUGAUCAAUUGAGUCAAUAUACUUCAUCCAACAAUUAUGUCGAUCUCUUUAAAGAUGAAAAAGUUUAACAGUUCUUCGUUUAAUAUUUCAGAAUCCUAUAACAAAUAGUUCAACCUACUGGAUAUGCAUUUACUCAAUCAUUAAUUUCACUGUUACCUACAUACAAUCAAAUAUAUCUCUUUUAUAGUCAGAGUAUCUAAUAAUAAGUACUCGCACAAGGAGUGGUGGUUAUGGGUUAUUAUACAGUGAAGAAAUAGAGGGCUGUUAAAAAGGAAAUCUUGAAAUUAUAUGCAACUUACUUCCAAAAUAACGAUCAAGAAUUAUUGAAUAAGCACUAUCAAUUAAAAAAUUCAUUAGUUAUCCCUAUUUGUAAUCUCCUUGAUGAAUACUCUUAAUCCAUAAAUGAAUAGAAGGAGCCAGAAUUGCUAUUGACUUUUAAAGUAAUAUAUUAGUAUCAAUAUAUAUAGUAUAUGCUUGAGAAGUUCCUUGCACCAAUUGAGGAUCUUGUUCCAUUGAUUUUAAAAGGAUUGUUUGAUGCUACUAUUAGAUUAAUAAGUUAAGACUUCAACUCUUACCCAGAUCAUAGAAUCAACUUCUUUGAGUUUUUACGAUCUUGUGUCCAAUACCAUUUAGUGGCAUUAUUUAAUAUGCCCUAAGACUAAUUUAAAUUAAUGAUAGACUGCAUUGUUUGGGCAUUCAAACAUCAAGUACCUAAUUUAUAAGAAUUGGGAUUGGAUGUCUUAUACUAUAUCCUAUAAGUAAUUAUCUAUUAAUAUUUCAAAGUAAGUCAAUAGUGACAUAGUUGUUGCCAAUCAAUUUUAUUCCCUCUAUCAUUUAAGAUUGUUAAAGGAUAUUCUAGAAAUUUUGACUGAUAAUCUACAUGCUAGUGGAUUUAAACAUUAAAGCCAAAUUUUAAUGAUCUUGUUCUAAGUUGCCUCUAAUUAACAGAUCACAAGUAAAUUAUCCAAUGAACAAAUCGGUACAAACUUAGAAUUUAUAUCCCAAUAUCUUGUAAAUUCCUUAUAUAAUGCCUUCCCUAAUGUUAGCAAACAAUAAACUGAAUUACACAUUGCUAGAAUGUUUUAGAACUUAAAUAAUGCACACAACUUUAGAGUAUUAUUUAUUCAUCUAUUUUUUUAGUAAGAACUUAGUGAUUACUUAAUAAAUUUAAAAUAAUUCCAAGAAAGCCAUGAUCAUUUAAAACAAACAGAAAAUACAGAUGAGUUAUAAACAGCUAAGCCUUAAUGAAAUGACAUUAAAUAUUAU